GCGGCGCGGGGCGGGGGCCGCAGCCUGUUGGAGCGCGGGGGGCGCCAGGCUGGGGGCGCGGGGAGCCCUGCGGGGGACCGCGCGGGCCCCGCUUCCUCUGCGGAGCAGUUUUCUCGAACUCUCCAUCCCCGCCUCAUUGGGGCCCAUCGCUGCGGGGAGAUCCCCUCCGGGUCUGCCGAAGAAAGGAAUGUCAUGAAAAAGGAACAGAGAAGAGAAGACUCUGUUGGUGAAAGGGGAGUUUUCUUACCCAGUCGGAGGUUACUUCAUGAUUGGAGAAGUACCUAGGCUGCUGAAGAGAUUAGAUUUUGAUAGUUGGAGAGAUGGAGCUGAUGAAAAAAGACACAGAAAUGCUUCCUCUGGGUCCUAACAGGCUGAUGAGUAAGCAAGCCUGAAACAGACAGAUUUGGAAUGAAGGCAGGGAUUUUGAGUCUUGUAAAAUCAAGUAGGACUUUGAACACUUGUUGAGGAUGUUUUCCUUUCAAAAAUGGAAGAAGAAAAAAUUCCCAAAGCAAGAAGUGUAAAAAGUUGAGAGGGGUAACACCCGAGUUCAUGCCAGGAAUUUCAGUGCUUCACCGACUUCUUUGGGCAAACCUACGCAAAGACUUGUACACAUGUGGUGAUUUUAUCACCGGUGAUGGUUUCCUGUGCUAGGAAUGACUUCUUAAUUUGGAUUUUGGAGUGCUUUUUCUUUUUUUUUUUUUUUACAAUGUGUGUUUUGACUCUUCAUGUUAGAUAGAUUUAUGUAAAAGAAGUAAAUCCUGAAUUCAUAGUAUAACUAUCUGUACCACUGUUUACUGCGUGAUAUGGAAAAAUUAGAGGUUUUAACAUUCCUUGAAGUUUUAUUGGAAGCAAAACUGUGUCAGGGACACAGAUACACAGUGUAAGUUUUCUCUUUUUGGCAACUGUACUUGCUUUGAAUGAGCCGAAUGUCAGCUGGAUUUCACAGCAUAUACGAUUUACAAUCUUGGUUUUAUCAAGGCCUUAAAUGUGUGUUUUAUGCUAAGCAGAUGGGAAACACUUUGAGCACUGUGUUUGACAUGUAUGCCUAAGGAAAGGAACUCCCCGAUGGAUCAUGGCGUUAAUGUUUACAGGACAUUUCUUAUUUUUAGCAUUAGUGAUGUUUGCUUUCUCUACUUUUGAGGAAUCUGUGAGCAAUUACUCUGAUUGGGCAGUUUUCACAGAUGAUAUAGAUCAGUUUAAGACACAGAGAGUCCAAGAUUUCAGACCCCACGAAAAGCUGAAGAAAAGUAUGCUUCGUCCAAGUUUAUAUUUUGAUGCUGGAGAAAUCCAAGCAAUGAGACAAAAGUCUCGCACAAGCCAUUUGCACCUUUUCAGAGCUAUCAGAAAUGCAGUGACGAUUAUGCUGUCCAACCCCACAUACUACCUACCUCCACCCAAGCAUGCUGAUUUUGCUGCCAAGUGGAAUGAAAUUUAUGGUAACAAUCUGCCUCCUUUAGCACUGUACUGUUUGUUAUGCCCAGAAGACAGAGUUGCCUUUGAAUUUGUCUUGGAAUAUAUGGACAGGAUGGUUGGCUACAAAGACUGGCUUGUUGAGAAUGCGCCGGGAGAUGAGGUUCCAGUUGGCCAUUCCUUAACAGGUUUUGCCACUGCCUUUGACUUUUUAUAUAACUUACUAGAUAAUCAUAGAAGACAAAAAUACCUGGAAAAAAUAUGGACUAUUACUGAGGAAAUGUAUGAGUAUUCCAAGGUCCGCUCAUGGGGCAAACAACUUCUCCAUAACCACCAAGCUACUAAUAUGAUAGCAUUACUCACCGGGGCCUUGGUGACUGGGGUCGAUAAAGGGUCUAAAGUAAAUAUAUGGAAACAGGUUGUAGUAGAUGUGAUGGAAAAGACAAUGUUUCUAUUGAAUCAUAUCGUUGAUGGUUCUUUGGAUGAAGGUGUGGCCUAUGGAAGCUACACAGCUAAAUCAGUCACACAAUAUGUUUUUCUGGCCCAGCGCCAUUUUAAUAUCAACAACUUGGAUAAUAACUGGUUAAAAAUGCACUUUUGGUUCUAUUAUGCCACCCUUUUACCAGGCUUCCAAAGAACUGUGGGUAUAGCAGAUUCCAAUUAUAAUUGGUUUUAUGGUCCAGAGAGCCAGUUAGUGUUUUUGGAUAAGUUCAUCUUAAAGAAUGGAGCUGGAAAUUGGUUAGCUCAGCAAAUUAGAAGGCACCGGCCUAAAGAUGGACCAAUGGUCCCCUCCACUGCCCAGAGGUGGAGUACUCUUCACACUGAAUACAUCUGGUAUGACCCCCAGCUCACCCCACAGCCUCCUGCUGAAUAUGGUACUGCAAAAAUGCACAUGUUCCCUAACUGGGGUGUCGUCACUUAUGGGGCUGGGUUGCCAAAUACACAGACCAAUACCUUUGUGUCUUUUAAAUCUGGGAAGCUAGGGGGACGAGCUGUGUAUGACAUAGUUCACUUUCAGCCAUACUCCUGGAUUGAUGGGUGGAGAAGCUUUAACCCAGGACAUGAACAUCCAGAUCAGAACUCAUUUACUUUUGCCCCCAACGGGCAAGUAUUUGUUUCCGAAGCUCUCUAUGGACCCAAGUUGAGCCACCUUAACAAUGUGCUGGUGUUUGCUCCAUCACCUACAAGCCAGUGUAAUAAGCCCUGGGAAGGUCAGCUGGGAGAAUGUGCACAGUGGCUCAAGUGGAUCGGCGAGGAGGUUGGCGACGCAGCUGGGGAAGUCAUCACUGCCUCUCAGCAGGGGGAAAUGAUAUUUGUGAGUGGGGAAGCAGCGUCUGCGUAUUCUUCAGCAAUGAAGCUGAAAAGUGUAUAUCGUGCUUUGCUUCUCUUAAACUCACAAACUUUGCUUGUUGUUGAUCACGUUGAGAGGCAAGAAGAUUCCCCAAUAAAAUCUGUCAGUGCCUUCUUUCAUAAUCUGGAUAUUGAUUUUAAGUACAUCCCAUAUAGGUUUAUGAACAGCUAUAAUGGCGCCAUGAUGGACGUGUGGGAUGCACACUACAAAAUGUUUUGGUUUGAUCAUCAUGGCAGUAGCCCCAUUGCUAGUAUCCAGGAAGCAGAGCAAGCCGCUGAGUUUAAGAAACGGUGGACUCAAUUUGUUAAUGUUACAUUUCAGAUGGAAUCCACAAUCACAAGAAUUGCAUAUGUCUUCUAUGGGCCAUAUGUCAAUGUUUCCAGCUGCAGAUUUAUUGAUAAUUCCGAUUCUGGACUUCAGAUUUCUCUCAAUGUCAAUAAUACUGAACAUGUUGUUUCCAUUGUAACUGACUACCAUAACCUGAAGACAAGAUUCGAUUACCUGGGAUUUGGUGGCUUUGCCAGCGUGGCUGAUCAAGGCCAAAUAACCCGAUUUGGUUUGGGCACUCAAGCAAUAGUAAAGCCCAUAAGACGUGAUAGAGUUAUUUUCCCCUUUGGAUUUAAAUUUAAUAUAGCAGUUGGGUUGAUUUUGUGCAUUAGCUUGGUGAUUUUAACUUUUCAGUGGCGAUUUUACCUUUCUUUUAGAAAGCUAAUGCGGUGGAUCCUAAUACUUGUUGUUGCCUUGUGGUUUAUUGAGCUGCUGGAUGUGUGGAGCACUUGCACUCAGCCCAUCUGUGCAAAAUGGGCAAAGACGGAGGCCGAGGCAAGCACGAAGUCUUCGUCUCCCGAAGGGCACCACAUUGAUCUUCCCGAUGUUGUCAUUACCUCACUUCCUGGUUCAGGAGCUGAACUACUCAAACAACUUUUUUUCAACAGUAGCGAUUUUCUCUACAUCAGGGUUCCUACAGCCUACAUUGAUAUCCCUGAAACUGAAUUUGAAAUUGACUCAUUCGUGGAUGCCUGUGAAUGGAAGGCAUCAGAUAUCCACAGUGUGCAUUUCCGUUUGCUCCGGGGCUGGCUGCAGUCCUUAGUCCAAGACACAAAACUGCAUUUGCAAAACAUCCAUCUGCAUGAACCCAGUAGGAGUAAACUGGCCCAAUAUUUUGCAGCGAAUAAGGACAAAAAAAGAAAACUGAAAAGGAGAGAGUCUUUGCCAGAACAAAGAAGUAGAAUGAAAGGCGCCUUUGAUAGAGAUGCUGAAUAUAUCAGGGCUUUGAGGAGACACCUGGUCUAUUACCCAAGUGCACGGCCUGUGCUCAGUUUAAGCAGCGGGAGCUGGACCUUAAAGCUUCAUUUUUUUCAGGAAGUUUUAGGAGCUUCGAUGAGGGCAUUGUAUGUAGUAAGAGACCCUCGGGCAUGGAUUUAUUCAAUGCUGUACAGUAGUAAACCAAGUCUUUACUCUUUGAAGAAUGUACCAGGGCACUUAGCUAAAUUGUUUAAAGUAGAGGGAGGUAAAGGCAAAUGUAACUUAAAUUCGGGCUAUGCUGUUGAGUAUGAAUCACUGAGGAAGGAAUUAUCAAAAUCCACGUCAAACGCAGUCUCCCUGUUGUCUCAUUUGUGGCUCGCAAACACAGCAGCAGCCCUGAGAAUAAAUACGGAUUUGCUGCCUACCAGCUACCAGCUGAUCAAGUUUGAAGAUAUUGUGCAUUUUCCUCAGAAAACCACUGAAAAGAUUUUUGCCUUUCUUGGAAUUCCUUUGUCUCCUGCUAGUUUAAACCAAAUAUUGUUUGCCACCUCCACGAACCUUUUCUAUCUUCCCUAUGAAGGGGAAAUAUCACCAACUAAUACUGAUGUUUGGAAACAAAACUUGCCUAGAGAGGAAAUUAAACUCAUAGAAAGCGUCUGCUGGACACUGAUGGAUCGUCUAGGAUAUCCAAAGUUUACGGACUAAAUGCUGCAGGUUGGGACCCAGGAGCAAAUUCCAGAGCCUCCAGCCAGAAACUCAGCCUUCCAGUGAGGAGUACAAGAGAGCAUGCACCUCUGCGUUGGGACCAAGUGCCAUAGACCUAUGAUAGUAGGGUUUGUACCCUUGAUGGAGAGGAAUUCCUUUUCUGUGAUUGGUUUUCUCUUGGGUAUUGCUGUCCACUCCUUUGCUAUGGUUCACUGUAUGUGAAUUAGAAAACACUAUUGUGUUGAUCCUUGCAUAUGCCAGCUCUACUGCCCCCACUUAUCAAACUGUAGGUAUUAUGGAUAUGCAAAAUAGGUUGCACCAAUAUGUUGACACUGAAGAGAUGCGUUGACUUUAUCUGGGAAAUCAGAAGCCCUCUUCUAUCAUAUUGACAAGUUUCUGUGGCCAGAGCUGGGACUUAGAGUCAGAAUUCGUAUACUCACACACUCUACAAUAUGGUACAAAACAUAUAUGAUAUAAAAGAUAUUAACAAACGUGAGUGUACCUACCAUCCACUCUGAGAAAUGCACAAUUAAUACUAGUAGUUAAGGCCCCCAUCUGACCUUCCAUUAUCACAUCCUCCUGCUCCCACCAACCAUCCCAGAGGUAAUGUCUAUCCUGAAUUUUGUGUUUACUGU